CAUAAAGGGAGUGUUGUCCGUGCAUAAUACCAAAGUGAGAACUGUGGGGCCGAUGCAUAACUUUUUUUUCAGCAGGAUGGUGCAUAUCAUGGAGCCGUGCUACUGGCUGCUAAUGAUGUUUCAUCUGUUUGGUCUCUUCUACAACGUACGACUAUUAAGAAGCUGCUUCAAGGACAAAACGAAAUACGCGGUUCUUCAGAAAAGCAGGCCACUAAUGAUUUGCCAGAGUAUUUUACAGCUUAUCCUUCUCAGUUUGAAUGCCAACGAAGUCACAAUGGCAUUCACAAACAAACAGCAGGAGGAGUGGUGCGGAACAAACAGCAUUCUUAUGACUUCUGUUGGAUUCCUUAUGAUUUACAACAUUUUGGCAAUGCUGGCAAUCGAACAUCACACCAUAGUCGGCCUCACGAAAGCAAUAUCCCCCAAGGUGGCAUUGAUUUUUCUUGUAGUUAUCAGCACUGGGAUUGGAUUAUUGUUGGUUGUUUCCUCCGCUGCAUAUUUGUGUUCAUCUCAUCUUGCCAUAACUGUGGCCUGCUUGUUGAUCAUGGGCCUUGUUUUGGUGGUGUCGUGGAGAAUUUGCACCCAUACUGAGGACGACACAGAGAAAUUGGCAGACACAACCACUUUGCUAAACUUUUUAAGCAAAAAUAAGAUGUCUGUAUUUUAUACGAUUUUAGUUUCUUUAGGUAUUACCACAAUUAUAGCUUUGGAUGUCGUUUGCUCUGCUGCAUACCGAUUUCAAGAGUCCGAAGAAACGUUCCAAAGUUUAAGGUUUGUUGAGAGGGUCAUUUACCUGUAUGUUAUGUGUUUUGCUGUCGGCAUUUCUCUUCCUUUGCAUUUUAGACAAAUAAUUGAGUGCGGCUGUGUCCAAGAAACGGACGUUAAAGCCAUUGAGGUGUGAAAUUACGAAUUACUCAAUUCACCAGGAAAUGUAUUAUUUACGGAAUGGUCCAAUACUCUUCAGUCAGAAUGAUCUUUGUGCCUUGUAAAGAGUUAUGACCUGCGGCCAUGUUUUUGGGCCGUGGACGGUUAGUUCUGAGGUAGUUCAACCAUAGUGGUAAGCUCUAUGAUAUAUCUGCAAAUUACCAUCGAAUUAAAGAAAAACUUUGUUUUGGUUGAUACGUUAGGCAAAUGUACGUUGGGCAAAACGUAAUAUGCAGCCUCCAGAAUGAAAGUGCAGGUUCCUAUUGUUAUAGCUGCAGCAAUCGUAAAUAGUAGUAGUGCUCUACAUCGGGACUCUAAUAAAUUAAGUCAAAGAAGUGUCCUUUGAGUCGCCUCCAUUUCAAUCCCCACUAAACCACCUACUUGUGGAUAUUUUUC